AUGAGGAUUGACGUCCCGGCCACGGCGGCCAACGAUGUGCCAGCCCGCCAGGAAGCUGCCGUCCAGGCACGCGAUGCUGAAGAUGAUGCCUAUGAGCCACUGACUUCACGUCAACGUUCGUCACUCAAUUUCCUGCGCAUGAAUACGCCCGUGAGCUUGUUGUGUUGUAUCACCACAGCUCUGAUUACAGCCCUGAUUGUCCCGUCCAUUCACUAUGUCUUCCGCAGCCAGCCUACAUACUUUACAAUGGCGCCGCGGAUGAUGUUAGCUUACUUUGUCGUGCUCAUGCUCUUUGAGACGGGCUUUUGUGUCUUUGCGCUGAUCUCGCGCAACUUGCAUUCACAGCACUGUAUUGUGCAGGGUGUGGGCUCGCGUCUAGCGUUCCAGAACUAUUUGCUAGCCAUCUGGCUCUUCCUUCGUGUGAUGGACACGUAUGUGUCUAUGGGCCUCGGCUUUUUCGUGCUCUUGGCGAUCACACUGAUGGCCGGCGUUAACGGCAUCAUCUUGCAGCGUAAGUUCCCCAUGCACUGGCUGCAUCCAUUUGAGACGCUGUUGGUCCAUGUGCCCAAUGCACUGAUGGCGAUGAUUGCAGGGCAGGUCCUCAUUUGGGACCAACUGAUGCUCUGGUGGGGUUGGGAUCGCAGCAAUGGCCGUGCUGCUCUCGCGGAAGGACUGGUGAUUUCCAUCAUCGUCGAGAUCGUCCUCGGUAUUGGCUUGGCCGUAUGGGUAGGAAUGACCUCGGACGUGGCCGUGUAUGCCGCGUCUAUGUUCCUUGAUGCAGCUGUGCUCAAGUUCCACAAGAUGCCAGUCAUUGGGCCUAAUUCACGUCCCUUUGCCCUGACUGUGAUCCUGUGUGUCUCCAUGACCAUUCGUACAUUGGCGUUGGUCGUGCCCAGUCUCUUACACAAUGGCUUCUUAAUUGUGUGCCAUACACAUCGCCGGCACACACCCGAGGCGGCGUACGAGAACCCCACCGUGGAAGUGCCUGUGGAUGUGCCGGCCAUCGAACGCACAACGCCACGUCGCGUCGAGGCAGAAGUCGUGCCUGCUCCUGCCGACAGCUCGGAACGUACACGUCUUGUUGUGAAGAAAGAUCCUACGUAUGGAUCUGUGCCACCGUCUUAA